AAUUUUUUUCUCCUGCAAUUAAUUUGAAUUUGAUUUUAAUUAAUUAAAAUUGAUUUUAUUUUUAUAAUAAAAAAGUGAAAAUUUAAAAAUUACAAUGAGUAUUUUUAUGACAAUUUUUAAAAAUACUUAAAUGUAAUUAAAAAAAAAAAUAUAAAAAGAUCGAAAAAUAAAUUAAGUGAUUUAAAAUUUAAAUUUGCCUAAAUUUAAUUUAUUUAAUGUGAUUUUUCUUUAAUAAAAGAAAUUAAUUGAAAAUUAAUAAAAUAUUUUAAAUGUAAAUCGAAAAAUUGCUAAGUGAAAAUUGAAAAAAAAAAAUUCAAUUAAAAAUUUAUUUUGGUUUUUAAUAGCUAAGAAGAAAUCCCUAAUAAUUGAUGUCCAAAAUGAAAUCAAAUGGAGUAUUUUAUAUAUUUUGGGCUUUGAUAGCCAUUAUUCAAUUUACCAGCAGUUUUGGAAGAGCUUAUCCAAGUGUAGUUUCAUCAUCUAAUCAAUAUUUCGAGUCAUUAUGUUAUAAUGAAACAAAUAAUGAACGUUUUGUAGAAAGUGAUGGUAGACAAUCAAGUUUCUUUUUAGAAUUACGAUCAAGUUCAAUGAUGAGAAAAAAAUUUUGUGAAAGAAAUUUUACAACAUCAGAAUCUCAUGGAUUUAUAAUACGACUGAUAAUAGCUAAAAAUAAAUUUUAUAGUGUUAGCAGUAGUAGCAGCAGCAGCAGUAGUAGCAUUACCGGUAAUAACGGUAAUAGUGGCAGCACUAGUAAUAUUAAUAGCGAUAUAAUAAUAAAUAGUCAACGAAAUCAUGGUAGUAAAUCAAUGACAUUUAAAAAUACUGCUGGUGAUCAACAUACUCUAAAUAGAUAUCAUGGAUUAAGUAGUAGUACUCAUCAAAAUAAAAAUCAAUUUAAUACAACGAAAAGUUGUCCUUUAACCAUUUAUAGCAAUAACGAUUACAACUAUCAACAAGCGCUUUGGCAAAUUGAUCCUUGUGAAAUGGAAAGAGAUGAAGCGAAUAAUGGUAAUGAAAUAAAUUGGCCAGUAAAAUUUUUUGAAGGUCAUAUUAAAAUUCAUUGGGAGCAUAAUCUUAAUUCAAUACAUUCGAAAUUAAUGAUAACCGCUUUGGGUAAAGGAGAUGGAUGCAAUAAAUUAAAUAAAUUUCCUUGUUUAACAUUAGGUGGCGCUCCCUUAUUUUGCAUAUCAAAAGAUUUAAUCUGUGAUAAUAUACGACAUUGCCCAAAUGGUAAUUUAUAUGAUGAUGACGAAGAUAAAAAAAUGUGUGAAAAAUUACAUUCAACACCAAUAUUACCAUCAUCAACGGUAAUAUUUGACAAUGAAUGGGAGCAACAGUUAAUGUUAUGGAUGCAUCAUGCAUUCGGUGAUAUUUCAACAUCAUUUUCAACUGGAGCAUCAUCUCCAUCAUCUGAAUUCGGUGAUACAUUUGACGAUGAUGGUACAGAAAAAGAAUAUCAUGAUGGUAGACCUCUAAUAUUAAAUGAAAAUAGACCAUUUCAUCAAAACGGUGAAAAUGAAUUUAAUACAAAUAGUAGUGAUAAUGAUAAGGAUAAAAAAUCUACAGUAACAACAACUUCAACAACAACAACAAGAAAAAAUUCAUCAAAAAGUACAUUAACUGGUGAUUUAUCAAAAUAUGGACCAUGGGGUUAUUUAAUGUUAGGAAUGCUUUUAUGUGGUGGUGCAUUAUUAAUAUGUGGAUUAUGGGAAUGUUGUUGCCGUAAUAAUAAAAAUGAAUCUCAUAUUACUGCUAGUACAAUUGUUGGUAGUCCAUCAAUUCAAGAUUCAACAGAUGUACAACCAUCACGUAAUCAAAAUAAUAUAACACCACCAAACUAUGAUGAAUUAGAUCCGCCACCAGCAUAUUCAGUAUUAUUUCCAAAUCAAAAAGCAGCAACAACAUCUGGAAUUGAAUCAUCAUCACAAUUACAAACAUCAACUGCAGCACCACCACCACCACCGCCAUCACUUACAAUUACAACUGGUAUUAGAAAUGAUUCAUUAGUAACAGUUCCAGUUGUAGUUGUAGUACCAGGUGGUGCACGUUCCAAUAAUAAUAGUAAUAAUAGUAAUAAUAAUACAACAAGUGACCUGACGCCAGCUUCCUCCAGUUAGAAUUUUAUUUUAAUUUUGUAUUUUUAGUUGUACUUUUCAUAUUUUUUUUUACAAAGUUAUAGUCUACUGUAUUGUAUAAGUUUUAUACUAAUUAUUAUUACGAUUAAUUAUUAUUAAUAUCAUCAUUAAAAAGGAAGUUCUAUUUCAAUUUAAUUAUUUAACAUUUUAUGUUUAAUUUACAAAUUUAAUAAAUUUUAUAAUUAAAUAACAAAAAAAACGUAAAAAUAUUUUAAAUGAUUUGAUAAUAAAAAAAAAGACACAAUUUUAUUCUUAUAUUAAA